CCCUUGUUCACAUACCAGAAAAAGCAAAGUUAGGAAGAAAAAAAAUGUCUGGGGUGUGGAUGUUCAAGAAUAAUGGUGUGUAUCGGUUGGUGGAAAACCCUCAAGCUGAAGGGUCAGAUGGAAGACAAGGGAAGGGAAGUAGCUCAAAGAGAAAGGUUUUGGUGCACUUGCCAAGUGGAGAAGUGGUUUCUUCCUAUGCUUUUCUUGAACAAAUUUUAACUGGAUUAGGUUGGGAGAGGUACUAUGAUGGAGAUCCUGACCUCUACCAAUUCCACAAACACUCCUCAAUUGACCUAAUUUCCCUCCCAAAAGACUUCUCCAAGUUCAACUCCAUCAACAUGUAUGAUAUAGUCAUCAAGAACCCCAAUGUCUUCCAUGUUCGUGAUAAAAUUGCACGUGUUCCCAAAAUGUGGAAAGGCCAAUUCAACACAAAGGUUUCAAGGUUUGUUUGGUUAAGGAAAACAGAAAGAGGACCUGGGAUUUUGAUAAGCACAUGUUGUCUGCUUGUUCCCAAUUUCCAUGGAUCACCGCAUCUCAAAAGGUUAGGAAAUUGAUUGAUCACGUGUCUAUGUUUUCUCUCCAAUUAAAUACCAUCUACAUUUACUUUUUUUUCAUAUAUAUAUAUUAUACACAUGGGUGUGGGUGGGGAC